CCGUACACCAUCUCCGCUCUGAGCAGCUGCCAGCUGCUGCCGCAGGGAGAGAACCUGCAGGACCUGCUGCCCAAAGACAUCUACCGGCGGCUCAAGAGACACCUGGAGUACGUCAGGCUCAUGCUGCCGUCCUGGAUGACGCCGGAGCAGCGGGGCAAGGGCCUGUACGCAGACUACCUGUUCAACGCCAUCGCCGGGAACUGGGAGCGCAAGCGGCCCGUGUGGGUGAUGCUGAUGGUCAACUCUCUGACCGAGGCCGACAUCAAGACGCGCGGCGUUCCUGUGCUGGACCUGUACCUGGCGCAGGAGGCCCAGAGGAUGAGGAAGAGGACGGGAGCCGUGGAGAAGGUGGAGGAGCAGUGCCAUCCUCUGAACAGACUCAGCUUCUCUCAG